UCUAGGUCAAGCUGUUUAUUUUCUGAGUUGAAAAUUCUUGCAAUUAUUCGAAUUGUUUGAAAAAAGGCCGAAACAAAGGUGCAAAACUAGCAAUCAUGUCGGCCUUCACGGAGUCGGCUCUCCUGAAAAAACUGGCUGAGUUGAACAGCAGCCAGCAGAGCAUCCAAACAUUAUCUUUAUGGCUGAUUCACCAUCGCAAGCACAGUGCGUCGAUUGUAAAGACCUGGCAGCGGGAAUUGGAGAACGUGCCGGAACCCAAAAAGCUGACCUUCAUGUACCUCGCCAACGAUGUGAUUCAGAACAGCAAGAAGAAGGGUCCGGAGUACGGCAGGGAUUUCAACCAUGUGCUGGGCAAGGUGUUCGCUCACAUUGGCGAGAAGUGCGGCUCGGACAAGUUGCUGGGGAGCCUAGGCCGGAUUCUGAACAUUUGGCUGGAGCGAGGCGUCUAUGAUCCUAAGGCUAUUGCAGACUGGCGGUCUAGAUUGCACCGGGAAUCCGCUGGAAGCAGCAAUGGGAAGUCUAACGGAAACAGCGAGAAACCCGAGAAGGAGCGGGAAAAGCCGGAAAAGUCUGAGAAAUCCGAGCGCCGGGAGAAACGCAAGCACGAGGAUCGUCACUCCAAGUCCAAGCGGUCAAGGCAUCAUGCCCAAAGUAGCAGCACUAGUAUGCCUCCUCCAUCUGAGGAAGUAGUAGUUGUUGAGCCGGAGAACGGCCACACACCACCAUACUUGCCUUUGGGGGAACCCCCAGAGCCCGAGGAGCUCAUCAAGGCUCUCACCAGUAUCGAGAACUCCGCCUCCAGCGAUGCUGUGGUGCGCGAGCGGAUCGCCAAGUUGCCCCAGGAAAUAUCAGAGAUUAGCUGCAUCAGCAAGCUGGAGGAUAAGGACAAGGCCAAGGCCCUGGCCGUGCAGGUCAACGAAGCUGUGGACCUACUGAAUGAUUAUAACGCUCGAUUGGCGGCGGAAAUGGAAGAGCGCACCAAGCUAGCCACAAUGCUGCGGGACUUCCAAGCGGAACAGAAGGAACUUCUAUCGCAGGCAGAACAGCGUCUCGAUGAACACAAGAAGAAGCUGGCCAAGAUGUUGGGCCUACAGAAGGAGAUUCACGACCACCUCUCCAACCUGCCCGACCUGACCCAAUUGCCGGAUGUGACCGGUGGACUGGCGCCCCUGCCUUCCGCUGGCGAUCUCUUCAACGCAUUGCAUUGAACCAGAUCCGGACAUUGACCCGUACGGAGCCACAUUAAGUCAAGCCUAGAGUUUAUGCAUAUAUUUUGCUCCCCCUAUAAGUACCCUCACCCACAACCAUUGAUUGUAAUCCAAAAACACCCCUUAUGACGUUUUAAAUUUAGCAUCUAUUUGCAAGCAUUUA